CGGCAGCCAGCGGCUUCGCGGUGACCGAGCGGAGAAAGGGAGAGGGAGAGUAAUGGCGGCCAGUUAGUGUGUGACUGAGCCGAGAAGACGGCGGCGAACUCGGCGCGCUCGGUGUGUCUCUCUGCCCGGCCGCCCCGCUCCCCGGGAGGAGGCGCCCCGCAGCCCUCCCUCCGCGGCGGCGGCUCCCCGUGUCCGCCUUCGCCGGGGCCAUGGUGAACACCAGGAAGAGCUCGCUGCGCCCCCUGGGCAAAGCGGCGGCCGCCGCGGCCGGAGCCGGCAGCCAUUUCAUCUCGUCCCGGACCCGCUCCUCCAAGAGAGGCACCAAGGCCGGGCUAGAGGAGGCGGCGGCGGCCCGGAAAGAUGAAGGUAGUGAUGGUAGUUUGAGUGAUAGCCACAUAUCCCCUCCAGCCAAACGUAUCUUGAAACAUGCUGAUCCUGUGUGCAAAGACAAAUCAAAAUCACGCAAUACUGGGCAGCGAGAGGAAUGGAGCAUUUCAGCUGGACAGUCCAGGUUAACGUCUCAGGCUGGUGCUACAUUACCAACUGGACGUAGCUUAUCUCUCAAAAGCCAUCCCCUUCGAGGGGAAAAAAAGGGAGAUGGGGACCAUGGUUGCAUAAACGGAGAUAUAGAAGUGAGAAAAAGUUGUCGGUCCAGGAAAAACAGAUUUGAAACUUUGAAUCAGAGUUUAUUGUUUGAUCAGCUAGUAAACAGUACUGCUGAAGCUGUACUACAAGAAAUGGACAAUAUUAACAUCAGGCGGAAUAGGAGGUCUGGAGAAGUAGAACGGCUGCGAAUGUGGACAGACACAGAAUUUGAAAACAUGGACAUGUAUUCUCGAGUGAAGAGAAGGCGGAAAUCACUGAGAAGAAAUAGCUAUGGAAUUCAGAACCAUCACGAAGUGUCCACUGAAGGGGAAGAAGAAGAAUCUCAAGAGGAAGAUGGAGAUAUAGAAGUAGAAGAGGCAGAAGGAGAAGAAAAUGAUCGACCUUAUAAUCUAAGGCAAAGAAAAACUGUGGAAAGGUACCAGGCACCUCCAAUAGUGCCGGCUCAUCAAAAAAAGAGGGAAAAUGCACUGUUUGAUAUUCACAGAUCUCCUGCAAGAAGAAGCCAUAUCAGGAGAAAGAAACAUGCCAUUCAUAGCAGUGAUACAACCUCUUCAGACGAAGAACGCUUUGAAAGGAGAAAGUCUAAGAGCAUGGCCAGAGCAAGGAACAGAUGUCUGCCUAUGAAUUUCAGAGCAGAAGACUUAGCCAGUGGAAUCCUGCGAGAACGAGUAAAAGUUGGUGCAAGUUUGGCAGAUGUUGAUCCAAUGAUUCUUGACAAAUCGGUUCGUUUUGAUAGCAUAGGUGGAUUGAGCCAUCAUAUCCAUGCAUUAAAGGAAAUGGUAGUGUUUCCUCUUCUCUAUCCAGAAAUCUUCGAAAAAUUCAAAAUACAGCCACCAAGGGGCUGUUUGUUCUAUGGUCCUCCUGGAACAGGUAAAACCUUGGUAGCUAGAGCUCUAGCUAAUGAAUGCAGUCAAGGAGACAAAAAGGUGGCUUUCUUUAUGAGAAAAGGAGCAGACUGUCUCAGCAAGUGGGUUGGUGAAUCUGAACGGCAACUUCGUCUCCUCUUUGAUCAGGCAUACUUGAUGAGACCUGCUAUAAUCUUCUUUGAUGAAAUAGAUGGUUUGGCCCCAGUUCGUUCUAGUAGACAAGACCAGAUUCACAGCUCUAUAGUGUCUACCCUACUUGCCCUCAUGGAUGGACUGGAUAAUAGAGGAGAAAUUGUCGUAAUUGGUGCUACAAACAGACUUGAAUCUAUAGACCCUGCACUCAGGAGACCUGGUCGUUUUGACAGGGAAUUUCUUUUCAACUUGCCUGAUCAAAAGGCAAGAAAGCACAUUUUACAAAUUCAUACCAGGGACUGGAACCCCAAACUGUCAGAUCCUUUCUUGGGGGAGCUAGCUGAAAAAUGUGUUGGGUACUGUGGAGCUGACAUAAAAGCACUUUGCACUGAGGCUGCCUUGAUUGCCUUGCGACGGCGCUAUCCGCAGAUUUACGCGAGCAGUCAGAAACUGCAGCUUGAUGUUUCUUCAAUAGUUCUCAGCGCACAAGAUUUUUACCAUGCAAUGCAGAAUAUUGUGCCUGCUUCCCAACGUGCCGUGAUGUCUUCAGGACAUGCACUAUCCCUUGUCAUAAGGCCGCUGCUGGAAAGAACCUUCACUAACCUCCUGGUGGUUUUACACAAAGUAUUUCCCCAUGCUGAAUUUAGUCAAGGUGACAAAAGAGAAGAUGCACCAAGUCUAAUAUUAGACGAUAGUGAAGAUGAAAAUGCUUCAAUUUUUGAGACAGGCUGUCACUCAGGAUCACCAAAGAAACAAUCGUCAGCUGCUAUACAUAAACCCUACCUUCAUUUUACAAUGUCAGCUUACCACCAGCCAACCUCUUAUAGGCCAAGAUUACUGCUAUCAGGAGAGAGAGGUUCUGGUCAAACUUCUCACCUUGCUCCAGCACUAUUGCACUCUCUUGAAAAAUUCUCUGUACACAGGCUAGAUCUGCCAGCACUUUAUUCAGUUAGUGCCAAAACACCUGAAGAAUCAUGUGCACAGAUCUUUCGUGAAGCUCGAAGAACUGUACCAAGUAUUGUUUACAUGCCUCAUAUUGGUGACUGGUGGGAAGCUGUCAGUGAAACUGUGAGAGCUACUUUUCUAACUUUGCUGCAAGACAUACCGUCAUUUUCUCCGAUAUUUCUGCUGUCUACCUCUGAAACCAUGUAUAGUGAAUUACCUGAAGAGGUGAAGUGUAUCUUUAGAAUCCAGUAUGAAGAGGUUUUUUAUAUUCAAAGACCAAGUGAAGAAGACAGAUUGAGAUUUUUCCAGGAGUUAAUUCUUAAUCAGGCAUCAAUGCCCCCUCCCAAAAGGAAACAGGCUGCUCUUUGUGCUCUGGAAGUUCUUCCUCUUGCAUUACCGUCUCCUCCCCGCCAGCUCUCAGAAACAGAAAAGCAACGAAUGGAGGACCAGGAGGAGAACACAUUGAGAGAACUGCGGUUGUUUCUCAGGGAUGUUACCAAGAGGCUGGCCACAGACAAACGCUUUAACAUCUUCAGCAAACCGGUGGAUAUUGAAGAGGUUUCAGAUUAUCUUGAAGUUAUCAAAGAACCAAUGGACCUGUCAACAGUAAUAACCAAAAUUGAUAAACACAACUAUUUGACUGCCAAGGAUUUCCUAACAGAUAUUGAUCUCAUCUGUAGCAAUGCAUUGGAAUAUAAUCCAGACAAAGACCCUGGAGAUAAAAUAAUUAGACACAGAGCUUGUACCUUGAAGGACACAGCACAUGCCAUAAUUGCUGCUGAGCUGGAUCCCGAAUUUAAUAAAAUGUGUGAAGAAAUCAAGGAAGCGAGAAGAAAAAGAGGCUUAUCAGUAACAGCAGAGCAAAUAAAUCCUCAUGGUUCCACUGUACGGAAAACAGAAACUAGAGUUGAAGAGGCAUUUCGGAACAAACAAAAAAAUGCAAUAGCAGUUUGGCACAACUCUGCAAAUAAAUGUGCAUUUCGAAUAAGGAGGAAAUCAAGACGACGUUCGCAGUGGGGUAAAGGCAUUAUUAAAAAGAGAAAAGUCAAUCUGAAGAAAGAUGAAGAUGAUGCAAAAUUUGCCGAUGAUGAAAAUCAUGGGGAGGGCAGGAAGCUGCUGGAGAAUGGGGAACUAGAAAUCAGCACAGACUGCAUUGAGGAGAAUGGAGAGGAAAUGGGAGAUCUGUCUAUGACAAACGAUGAGUCCUCUUGUGAUAUCAUGGAUAUAGAUGCAGAACAGAGACUUAACAAUGGGACAACAGGAAAAGAAAACAGUUUCGCAUCAACAGAAGAAGAGAGUUCAAAUGAAUCCCUGUUAGUAAAUGACAGUCUUACUGUGAAUGCUGAAAAGGAAUCAAGGAAGGAGUCUCCAUCUAAGUGGGACUGCGUGAAUGGUGAGGCAUCUGCACACAGCUUAGAGGGGAUACCUGUUCCAGAAUGUCAGAAUGGUAAAGCAGAACCAGUUGAUGUUUCAGCAUGUGACAAUGAUGAUGUGCCUCAUAAUGAGCAAAAAGCUGUGUCUGAAGAUCAGCCAAAGGAAAAAACAGAAGCUUCUGGUGAAAAUCAGGGAGCUGAUUUGGUGAAACAGUCUAAUACUGAAGUACCACAAUACAGCAAUAAUGAAAAGACACCAGUGAGCAGCACAGACAUUGAGACUAAAGAUAUUGAACCUGAUAAAGAAGGUGUAUCGAAAUUUAAGAAAUCUCGAAAAGUCACUUUGGAGCCCCCAAAACCUGCAAGUCUGGAGCAGGUUCCGGAGGAGCCAUUGGAUAUCAUACCCCCUCUAAUUGUUGACCAUGACAGAUUAAAGAAACUACUGGAUUUGUUGGUUAAGAGAAGUAACAACCUGACUGUUGACCAACUUGAGAGGCUGUACUCACUCCUUAGUCAGUGCAUCUAUCGGCAUCGUAAAGAUUAUGACAAAUCACAGCUUGUAGAGGAAAUGGAAAGAACAGUUCAUAUGUUUGAAACAUUCCUGUGAUGUCUUUGAGAUGGGUGGGUUUAUCCUCUUAAACUGCUCAUGGGAGAGCAGUCUUCUGAGCCAUUCGAUUUCCAAUUGCACCAAGUAUGUGCAGAGCCUUGGUCUUAAGUGCUCGCUCUCUUUCUUUCUGUUAAAUUUGGUGCUAUUGUCUCAGGUACCUGAAACCAACCAGCCUACAAGAACCAAACAGAACUUCAGACAGUUGUAUCUGAUAUAAAUAAAGAAUACAACACCACAACUUGGAGAUUUUUGGUGCUACAGAAACUGCUCUCAUUUCUGCUCCUGUUCUCUCUACAUGCAUUAUCUUUUGGGAAACUUCAGACACAGUGGAGCAGACCAACCAACACAGAACCUGGAUAGAGCAGAUCUAACUAGGUUGAAUUUUUUUAAAUGGACAACUUUUUAAAUUUUCCUUUUCAGUUUUUUUUCUUGUUCUCUGGGGUAAUGGACAGAAACCUGUUUCAAAGAUGGCAGUGAUGCAUUGUGGUAGGAAACUUUAGUAACUGGAUGUACAGUAAUUUGAAAAUGAGGCUCUCUAGAACUGCCUUUAAUGUGCCUUUUUAGUCAAUUGAGAAAGAUAAGGCUAUUCAAAUGGUUGGGCUUGUAGCAAAUGGCAGAGUUAGAAAGCUGUCUUCAGAAUGAAGAGCUCCAAAAGGAUGAUUUGCAUUUUCCUCAUCAUUGAAUGGCAACCAGUAUUAUGAUUCUAAAAUGCCUGUCUUACUCUACAGAACUAAACUAAGACACACUGAAAAAAGCAACACAACUUUACCAAAACAGUGACAUUCUUUUAUUCUGUUGGUAUAUUUGUUAUUGAAAUAAACUACACAGUGAAACUCUCGUAUGUUGCUGAAAACGAAGUGAAGAGAAUAUUCAUUAUGGGGGCUAUUCUUUUUUCCCACAAUUCUAUUUAUUUGUUGUCCAUUUUAGUUCUUAGAAACAAAAGAUGUUUAAUUCUGGCAGGUUUCUUUCUAAAGUUUUUUUUUUAUUAAAGCUAAGACUUGCUGAAUAGACAUAGAAAGGAGAGACAGUUAGCCAAAAGUCCUGGAGCCCUAGCUCACUGUAAGUACAAUUUAAUCCAGGCUCCCACACCUUGGGCCAUGUAUAGCAGUAUUAACGUGGGGGGUGGGCGGGGAAGAUACUUUAUAUGAUCAUUGGCCAUUUGUGGACCUCUGAACUGGGCUGUGUGGAUUGCAGUUCUCUAUAGCUGAAUAGUGAGUGUAUCAGUAGUUCAAAACUUUCCUUUCUGGAAAUUGGAGACACACAAUCUAGGCAGUUGCAAGAGGCAAGGACGUUGCAGUAAAAGUCUUAUCACAGGCUCAGUGUUAAAACAUUACCUGGGCUGAUUUGUUUCAGACAAAUAAGUAGAAAAUGUUGUAGACAGGUUGGCUGGUGUUACCAUAUGUUACCGUUCAUUAUAACUGUUAUAUGUAGCUGCAGGAGCGUCUUUCCAAAAUAUGCAACACGUGUUUUGUUUUUAAUUAGAGAAAACAGUCUUGGACUACUGCAGAGAUACUGAGCUACCUCAGCUUUUUCUAUUUUAGUUACCAACAGUGUUGACGGAAAACUGUAACACUCUGCUACCGUUUACAUGCUGAAGCUAAGGUACUUGUCUCCAUGUCUUUGGCUAGUAGUAGUAUGCCACUGCAGAAAAACAAACUUGGGCCUUGGGCUACUGCAGUAAUCCAAAGUGCUUCUUUGUGUUUUAUGUUUAAGCCUUCUAAUUCUAGUUUGACCUUUUUCUCCCCCAAAAUGCCACUUGUUUUCUUAAUAUCUAAGAGAAAAAAGUUUGAAGGCUUAGUAUGCAUCUAAUCAUACUAUUCUAAAUGCAACCCAUGUAGAAACACUGUAUAUUUUGGUGAGAAAGUGCGAUUAAAAAAACAACAAAAAACAAACAACGCAACAAAACCCCCAUAUUUCAAACAAGGCGUUCUUUGCUCUCUCAAAUUUGAUUAUGGGGACUUUUUUCAUGUUUCCUUUAGUAUUUAUUACCAUCAUUCCUGUUUCAGAUAUUUUGCUGUCUGGUACAUUAAUAACAAUUUUGUAUUUUGAUGGAAAUUGUUACAAACUUUAAGAUUUGAUUAAAUAAAAUGUAGCAGAUUUUUUGUAGCAAGUUUCUGGUAAAAGGGUUUUUUGCAAGUCUCAGGUUCUUGCUGCAGAUUUUUUUUUUUUUAACAAAUAUUUAUUCCAGUUUCACUUAUUCAGAGAAGUAUUUGUUCAGGUAGUAGCAGGACUUGUGAAAGGUAAAACUGCAUACAUUUUUAACAUGUUGCUUAAUUUGUAUGAAUUAAACAAUUGAGUUUUUAGUCAUCAGUGAGUUUGACUAGCAAAUAUAAGCUCACGCAUAGCAUUAAAGCUCGCGCCUAGCAUUAAAAUGCUUCCAACAGGUCAGUUCUUUUUAAAAUAACUUUUAAUAGUCCUUAAAAGUUGAUAUGGAAACUGAAAGGUGCAACUUUACUAACUGAGGAGCUGCAACUUCAAUAUUUUAGAUCUUUUGAAAAGAAUUAGCCAAUCUAAAUGUUUUUCUUGGGUAAAAUUAUACCUGCCUUUAUGGCCCAAAUAAUCACAUUACUAUAUCAGGUUUUUCUUUUCCUUUACAGAUGCCUGGUGGGUAUAGAGUUAAAGCAGCUGUUAAUCUAUCCAUGUGGUCUAAACUUGUUUACUGUUGUACAUCUUUAAUUUUUCGUUUGCCAUAUAGCACUGGCAAGAAUUUGUACAAAUCGACCUCUAUUCCUUGUUUUCUGAUGUGAAAAUUGCAAAUAAACUCCUGUGCAAGGCCUUUUUCUUGGAUCAGUAAAAUGUGGCAGAGCCAGGUGGAGGUAAACUUUGUGGGCCAUUGGGACUGUAUUGGAGGUAGUGGAACUGUUCUAGGGUGAAGUUGGUGGCUGUGGAGUUAAUAGUAUUUGCAAGCUUGAAUCUCACCUGUGAUUAAUUUUUGUUUGUUUUUGUCUCCUUUUGUAUUGUUGAUUUUUCUCAUAUGCCAAUGUAUUUAUAGGAUUAUUGGUUUUUUUGUAUUAUCUUGUCUUCCCAUUUUUUGAUUAAGUUGGUGGGUCAGCUCUGGCUUUUACAUUCAAUAUAUUGAAUGUCAGGUCCUGCAGCUGAUAGUCAUUUUAUUUUAUUGUUUGUAAUCACAACAUAAGCUUGAAUUCGGGCUUGUACCUGCAUCUUGUGUAUCUUGUACAUUGGGUUAUUUAGACAUCGGGGAGUCCUAUUGUUUGGUUAAUGUUUGUCUACUUUGUGGAUUAAGUCAACUUCUUUCAUCAACUAUGAUAUAUUUUGGAUUCUAUAGUUUUAUUCAGAAUUGUGUUAAAAUUGAUGUUUUGCAUUUUAACUUCAUUUUACAUUAGUUUUAAGUAAGUUAUUUAAUUUUUGAACUUCUGGAAAUUUUGAACAUUUUACUGUAAUUUGUAAUAUAACUGCUGUGAAAUACUUGAAUAAAGAUGACAAGAAAAACAUG